AUGCCUCAAAAGAGAAAAGGCGGAAAUUUAUAUAAAAUCAGUCGCAAAAGCAAGCGCUUACGACAAUUACGAAAAAUUGAGAGUUCGGAGGAAAGAUCUCAACGACUCGAAGCUGAUGCCCAAAGACAUGCUCAGCAGAGGGCUCAUGAAAAUAAUGACACAAGGUCUCAACGACUCGAAGUUGAUGCCCAAAGACAUGCUCAGCAGAGGGUUCAUGAAAAUAAUGACGCAAGGUCUCAACGACUCGAAGCUGAUGCCCAAAGACAUGCUCAGCAGAGGGUUCAUGAAAAUAAUGACGCAAGGUCUCAACGACUUGAAGCUGAUGCUCAGAGACAUGCUCAGGGAAGGCAACAAGCUAGACAAUUAAAUCAUCAUAUUGCGCUAAUUGCCAAGGACAAUGAAAUAAAUGUCGCUUUAGCUAUGGCUUCUAUGGGUGCCCCGGGCAAUAGAAAUCCAUUGGAUGUUGUGAACAAUGCUCCUUAUUGCUUGAAGAUUCAUGGGCAAUAUCAUCAUUUGACUUCGACAGCAAUGCGCCCAGCGGAUGGGCAAGCUCCGCGCUUUGCGCAGCUUUACUUUUUAGAUACAGAAGAAGCUGUAAAUCAUAGAAUGAAUAAGAAAGCUAAUCAAGAGUGUGAUUUUGAAAUAAUGAAAAAUUUGUCAAGUUUUAUGGUUCAAUGCAAUGAAUUUGCAAAGACUUUCAAGAUGAUGCGUCAAGUUGAACAAGACCUUAAUCCAAUAGGCAAUAAAAAUAUAAAUUUAAUGUUGUCCUUUCGAAACGAUCCUCAACAUGAUCAAAGAAAAUAUAAUGCUCCACAAGCUAAUGAAAUAGCUGUGGUCUUUCAGAAUGUAGAUGGAUUUAAAGUAACUCAAAUGGAUUAUUAUGCUCAUCUGCUGGCACCAAGAGCCGAAUUUAGCCAAUUUAAAAGAGCAGGCAAAUUGAGAUGUCAAUUUAUACUUGAUGCCUAUAUGAAAACUGAAGCCAAUAGACUUAAUUAUAUUAAAUUAAAUCAACCUCAAUUAAGAGCAGAACUUUAUUCAGGAUUAAUGGAUCACCUUGAUAAUCGAGCACAAAAUGAGGGAAUUACAGUUGGUGUACCUGUAAUAUUACCAUCUUCAUUUAUGGGCAGUCCAAGGAACAUGCAAGAAAGAUACCAAGAUGCGAUGUCUUUGGUAAGAAAGUAUGCUUAUGCAGGUGUGAUUGAAUUUCAAAAAAGAGGACUUCCACAUUUGCAUUUACUUGCAAUGUUGAGCGAUGAAGAUAAGCCCCGACUUCAAGAAGUCAUUGAUAUGAUGGUAUGGGCUGAAAUUCCUAAUGAAGAAAAAUAUUCAGAACUUAAUGAAAAAGUUUUGAAACACAUGAUUCACGGUCCAUGUGGAGAUCCCUCGAGGAGAUAUCCUUGCACUGGGGACGAUGGAAAAUGUUCAAAAGGAUUUCCAAAAGAAUUUAAUGAUAAAACUAAUGCUAAUGAAAUGAAGAACAAGCUGCUCAAAGAGAGCUAA